AUGGACACCCCCCCAAAACGCAAAUCCAAAAUGUCCACCUCCAGCUCCAAAUCCUCCCACAGCGCCCUGCAGCCCCAGCUGCAAGAGCAGGCGAAACAGCUACGCAAUACAGUGCGGGACCCGCUCGCGACGAGACCCAUCGGCCGGAAUUCAGGACCGCAUGAGGUGCAGCCGGCGGAUAUAUUUGCUGAGUCCCGGACACAGGAUGAUCUGAGGAAUAACAAGGGUGGGAAUGGGGAUGGCAGUGGGGAGGAGAAUGUUGUCGAUGAGCGGUGGAUGAUGGGGGAGGGAGAUACCAUCAAGGAAGGGGAGAAAUUGAGGGAUAAGAAGUAUGUGGAAUUGGCCAGUCCGACGUGUUAUGCUCCGAUGCUUGAUGAGGAUUAA